GAGUCUUGAGUUGCGAUUGUGACUUCGUUUCUUUAUCGUGUUCCCACACGAAGCACCGAGAGUGUGCAUCGUAAUUUCAGUACGUACCCAUCCAGUUUCAUAUAAGGAAUAUGGUGCCGUGUCAGUCGUGGCACAAGAAGUAGCCGCAAAUAAGCAGCCUGCAGCAACAGCAGUGACAGCAACAACCUAGCAACAACAAGAUUUAAAGAAAGUUAUUCAGAAAAAACGAAGGAAGGAAGCAACGGUUAAUUUCGUGUCGCCGGGAACUUAUCUGUAAUAUUAUUCGUAUUCAAGAUAACAAUAUUCAGUCCACCUGAACUCUCGAAAGUUGGGUUUUUAAUUUUGAGGAGUCUGAAUUCUGAUACAAUUGGAGUCCUGUUUCGUAAAUUCACAGUGGAUAUCUUUAACCAGUUUGCAACUAACGUCAUCGAUAUGUCAAAAUCCGCGAUUCAGCCUCUCGCUCUUAUUUUAGGUACUUAGCCAAUAAACCGUGAUUAUUAAAAACCCAUCGUCGUACACUUCAUUCAAGGUAAGACGUAGAGCCGGAUCGGUUAGACGAGCCCUUGACAAAUAAACUGAACGAAAUUAAUUGAAAAAAAAAAAUUACACCUAUUCCCAUAAGCAUGCCCGAUAACCUACUUAGUACGUUGACGAUAAAACAUAAGUAUCAAGAAAAAAGAUAAAAAUCCAUCAAGUGUAUAAUAUCUGUGAGUCCGAAGUGAGGACAAGUGUUUGAUUAAUAAAAAUUAUUCAUGAAAAAAAACAACAACCAAAACACAAAUUUUCAAGCAAAAGAUAAAAGGACGAGUGAUAACAUAUUUCAACGCUGCACGGUCCCUUCGAUUCUCAUACGUUGAACAACGAUAAAAUAAAAAUAUAUAAUUAAAAAAGUUAUUAUUAAACAAUAAAGCAGAGAGAUAGAAGGUAGACGUUUGUAGUGAGUGAUAUAACAGGGGAUAUAAAGUGACAAUAAUGUAAAAUAAGCGAACCUCUCACAAUUAUACUCGUUUUACUCUUGCUCCUAAUAUUCGAAAAAAGUAACUGGUAAAAAGAAAAAAAAAAUAAUAAGAGACUUUCCUGUCGGUUAACAAGUGUACGUAUAUCGUUUCAAAAAUGCCAAUGGUUUUUUUGGACCGUCUGCCGGUGCCAAGCCUGCGUGUCUACACGUCAAUAAGUGUCGCUAUACUAUCAUGUUCGGUAUAUUACGCUGCUCAAAUCGUCAAAGAUCCUGGAUGGCAAAAUCAUAUGUCCAAUACUUUGGUCGUUGGUGAAAAUGUAACAGCCGAUAACGCCUCCGUCGUGGACACCAGAAGCCUCGGUCUCUACAUGAGGGAACUCGUGGCCUGCAUGGUUCAGGAGCCAGGAUGCAUCUGGACCCUGAUAAACAUGGCGUACUGCGUCCUGAUACUAGUUGGAAAAUCCAUCCAAAAAUUGGUGUUCGGAGAACUCCGAGUAUCCGAAAGGCAACACCUGAAAGACAAAUUCUGGAACUUUGUCUUCUACAAAUUCAUCUUCGUCUUCGGCGUACUCAACGUUCAAUACAUGGACGAGGUCGUUCUCUGGUGCGCCUGGUUCACUGCGCUCGGAUUUCUGAGCCUCCUCAGCCAGCUUAGCAAAGAUCGCUUCGAAUACCUCUCAUUUUCUCCGACGACGCCUGGAUGGAGUCAUGUACGACUUCUGGGUCUCCUGACGGCUAUCCUCGCGCUCUCGUCCUUCAUGCUGUUGAUGUGUGUUGCCGCUGGAUUCUUUUUCGUCUCCUUCAACACCUUCGCUUUUAUGGCGGCCGAGUGCAUUUUACUUGGCGUUCGUACGAUACACGUAAUGCUGCGUUACGCUAUUCACCUCUACGAUACAAGAGGAGCGGGUAACACAUCUCCACGUUCGUGGGAUAAAAGAGGACCGUUGGCUUAUUACACGGAAUUGACAUCGGAGUUGACUGUACUAGCGGUGGACUUCUUACACCACGUUCACAUGCUACUUUGGAGUAAUAUAUUCCUCAGUAUGGCCUCCUUGGUAAUCUGUAUGCAGCUCAGGUAUCUUUUCCACGAAAUUCAACGCCGUAUUACGAAGCAUCGAAACUAUCUCGCGGUUCUGAGCCACAUGGAACAAAACUACCCUAUGGCGUCGCAAGAAGAGUUAGCGGAAAAUUCUGACAAUUGCGCUAUUUGCUGGGAGAAAAUGGAAACCGCUCGCAAACUACCGUGUGGACAUUUGUUUCAUAAUUCCUGUCUUCAAUCUUGGCUCGAACAAGACACGUCGUGUCCAACUUGCAGAUUGGCGCUUAGCAUGCAAGCCAACCACAGAGAAAAUGCUCCGGAAAUACCGCAGGAGUCUGCAACGCCUGCCAGACGAAAUGAUAAUCACUUUUUCCAUUUCGAUGGAUCCAGAUACGUCUCAUGGCUACCGAGUUUCUCCGUCGAAGUAACACACAAUAGAAUACGGGGCGAUAUAUCAACUCUGGCUCACACUAAUUCGCAACUCGACGCGAUGGCGAGACAGGUCCAACAACUCUUCCCCUAUUAUCCCCGGAACGUGAUUCUCGAGGACUUGAGGGUGACUCGAUCCAUCGAAAUAACGAUAGAAAAUAUUUUGGACAGCAGGCUUCUGCCUCCGCAUCAUGUGAUCGAGGAACCCGAAGCCGAGCCGGCAACCCCAACGCAAAUUACAACAGCUCAUAUCACGCCCUUCCCUUUGAUACAGGAGGACUUGGAUCCCAGAUUUGACAUACCGGCCGCGGAUAGUGGAGAAGAGCCAUCGAAUCUUGGUGGCCGUUUUUCAAAAUCGUCGAUAGAGCGAGAGCGUAUAUUACUGCGUAGAAAAGAGCACAUGCUGCUGAUGGCGCGUCGAAAAUAUUUUGAAAAGCAUCCUCAGAAUGAAAAAUCUCCAGAGGAUUCGUCCGUGGUGAAUUCCGCGAGUCUUACAUCUGAAAUCAGCGCUUCUAAUAAUUGAAUUAUUAUUUAUAGUUAGAUCAUGGAUCAUACUGUUCAUGACUAAUGGCUAGAUUGUGAACGGUCAAGCUCAAAGAUUGGUCAAACCGAAUAAAAUCGAGGCGAGUCAGCUCCCGUGACGCUGUUUUUGCCCGAAGUUUAAGAGAAACUGAGCUAUGAAAUGUCUCAUUAUGCGCAAGGGCUGUUCAACUGUGCAAAGUGCUUUUAACUUAAGCAUAGAACGAGUAAAAACGUGUCACUUAUUGUGCGUGACUGAUACGAUACCUAGCUUUAUGUGAUUCCCUGCUCACAGCAUUUCGUGCAAAAUUGCGAAUCAAACGGAAUUAAUGAUAAAAUGAAUGGCGUGAACGUCCACAGAGCGAAUAACUUCUCUCUGAAUUUGAUUGAGAUCGAAUCCGUGAAAAACACGAUUAUCGCAUCAGCGGCUUUAUCAUCAUUUACUACUUUUCAUUAGAUUGCGAUCACUGUUGUUUCUAUUUCCUAGUUUUAUUAUUAUCACCAUUAUUAAUAUUAUUGUUAUUUAUUUCAUAUUGGUUCACGGUUGGCAAGAACAAAAGUCAAUGAAAGGUCGUCUAAAAUCCGCAUUAAAGAGAAACUCUGCUGCGCUUUACUUUUCAUGUUCGAACUGCAUGAUUACUGUGCUGCUGCUAUUUGAACGGUGUUCCUGAUUCGAUAUGAUUAGUAGUGAUAAUCAUGUGUCUUAUGGGAGCGUUCGAUAUGCAGCGAUGAUGGUCGUCAUUUUUCCGGCAUUAUUCUACGUUGAGAAUUAUUCGUUUCUGUAAUAUUUCCAUGCAUAUCGAAGUAACGCGAUAAAACCGCUCAUUGAUACUACAGUUGACAAAAAGAUAACAAAAACCCAAACUACUCGUGUCGCGAAUGAGCUGACUCUCGUAGAUAAUAGUACGUGGAAAAAUGAAUCAUUAAAUUGACAAUAUCUGUGCGAAAAUUUAAUUUUUGAUGCAAGUUUGUUAAAGAAGAAUGAACAAAUAAUUGAGGAUGAACAUGAAUGGAAAUAAAUAUAUGAUUAACUCCAAACAGUUCAGUCGCGCGAAUAGAAUAACUAAUUACGUAAAGGUUUGAGAUCGUGGAGUUUAUAUGAUAUAAAGCAAGAUUAUGUUACCCUAUUCGUUCCUCGUAGUUUUAAGAUGCGGACAUGGUUACAUGUAGUUGGGAGCUUUUCAGAUAUUCAAGAAAUAAUUUUGUCUCACUGCAUUCGACUGCUUUAGCAAGUCAUUUUUACAGCAGAGUUACGUCGAAAGCAUGACCUUUGUUUUUGAGCGAUAAAUCUGCAAUCGAUAACUGUGUACCAGAUAUGAAUGGGAACAGACGCAUAUCGUCUUUCCAAAAAUUGAUAACUAUUGUAGAACACGGCGAUGUAGUCCUGAGUAACAUAUUCCUUAGCUUUUUAGUAUGCUAUUUAUUUUAUUGACUAAGAGAGAUUUUUAAAUAAAAUUAGGAGUUGUGUGAAUAUGUUUUUUUUUUUCAAUGCUGGGGUUAGAGCUUUGAAGACUCCUAGCUUGUUUUUGUGAUAUAAUUAAAAUCUACUAUAAUAAAACGAUCGUCUGUGCAUAAUUUUCGUCAAAUAUUUUAAUCGGAGAAAAUUAAAUGUGACCCGGUAAAUUUGAAAAUAGAUAUUUUUUAAUAGUGGAAACGUGUCUGGUAAUUAAAUAACCAAUGUUAUUUCCUGAACUAGUAUAAAAAUAUUCUAACUAUUUAUUUUUAGACCUUGUAAGUGAUGAAUAACUUGAAAAGAAAAAAUAGUACCUAAUAACAUUAACAAUAAUCAUCAUCAAUGAAAUGAAAGUGUAACUAAUUGAGAACAUGUUGUUAAAAUACGACUGCUUGUGUAUGGCUAUAAGCCAAUUUAAAAAUUUGGCUCUAUAUGCCAAUUUUUUAAGCAAACCCAAUGUACUAUUGUUGCUCGAUAUCUCUAUGCGUAUUACUUCACUCAAAGCUUUUAAUUGGCAAAAGCUUCUCAACAACAAGGCGGUUCUCUUUCAUUGUCAGAUAUUUGGUUCUAAGUGCUUGUUCUAAUUACGAAAUAUAUUUUUAACAAUGUACCAAAUUGUUUCUACCGCAUCGUUGACAUGAAGCUUCAAACGAUCUGGUUGUCAACAAGUUUACUGAUAAACUCACAACUUUACUCUGGUUAUUGUACAUCAAUCCCUUUAAGGUGUGUUGUAAAUAUAAAUUAAUUUGAAAACUGUCAA